AUGGCGGUCGACCUAGUAGAAGACGAAGCAGAGCUGCGGCGGAGAAUCAAAGCAACCCUGCUAACCUUCCCCGAGUCGAAGGCGUUGCCUGCGCAGCAGUUGGAAGUGGCAAUUGACAGGAUCGUGGAGGAGUCCAAGCCCGAGCCGGCCUCCGUCGCCGCCCCAGGCAUGGUUCGGAUGAGUGACUUCGACAUACGCUUCUUCUUGUCCCUCCCGAUGGUCCCCACCGUCGACGAAAUCCUGGGCGCCGACGCCGGCGGGGUGUUCCCUCCAGGGUGGAUCCAUGAAAGGAAGAAGUUCCUUGAUGAGCAUUGUCAGGUCAAGAACAGGAAGGACGGAGACAAAGUCGGGCUCAUGGACAAGAUCCGCGUCGAUUUGCUCACUAGGGGCUACGUCCAGGUCCAGAAAGAAUAUGUGGAGUUGGGCUCUGAUGAGGAGGAGGACUCGGACGAUGAUGAUUGUCCCUAUGAACCAUACGAUGAGAACAACCCUGGAGGUGUGGUCCUGCUCAUCUGA